AUGGCCAGAAUCAUCAACACAGGACCCAAGGAGGGCGAUGGUAAAAGCGCCCAGCCAGCUGGAAAAAGGCAGAGCAGUAGACAUCUAGCCCGGUUGAACACUGGGCAAUCAACCGAACCAGCCGGAAAAGAGGCCGAACAAUACGUGGGAAGGGAGCUCGGCUCUGGGAAAGCAGUCACCCAAACAGCUGGGAAGGCGGCCGCACCGAAAGCUGCAAAGGCAGCUGCACCGAAAACCGCAACGGUCUCUGCACCGAAGGCUGCAAAGCCCAAAAGAAAGUACACCAUGGAAAAUCCCGCGUGUGAGGCAUGCCGUAAAUCGAAGAAGAAGUGCCCGCAUCGUAACAGCGCGACACAAAAGGAGGAAACGGAUGAGGAUGAGGAAGACGAUGAGGAUGAGAGCGAGAAGGAGGUGAAUAAGAAGAAAAGGAAGAAGGACGACGAGGAUGGCAGUGAUGGCCAGGGAAAGCGUUUGCGGCUGCACCCGCCAAAGCCUCCGCAAGAAGAAGAGAAACAAGCACCGAAAGGAGCUGGAGCCCCUAAGAAAAGGGGUCGGCCUCCAAUGAAGGCAGCCACUCAGGCAACUGCUGAGGCAGCUGCUGAGACAUCCACUGAGGCAGAUACGCCUCAACGUCGUGCUUCUCCAGGGCUAUCCGACCCAUUGAAUGUGGCGGGGCACAUAACGACGAGCAAAUACUAUUGUGACCAAGUGGAUCGCGCAAUCAGCGCGGCGAAUGCUAAAUAUGAAGCAGCCAUGACGGCCAUGAAGACGGCCAAGGAGGCAUUGGAGGCUUGGGAAGAAUUUUAUCGGAGGCACAGAGACUCGCCCAUUGACUGAGUUUCGCGGGCCCUCAGCUCAGCGGCUGAGAUCGGAAAUCGGUGGUGAUGUAAAGAACAGAGUCGAUGUAGUGUAAUAGAAUGCGUUCAUUUCACUUUACUUCACC